AUUCCAUUCUUUCUUGGUGUUUUGUUUUCUGGAAAAGAGAGAGAGAGAGAGAGAAUGGAGCAGAUUCAGUCGGCUUUGGAAGCUCACCUGGACCAGAUGGCGGAUCUUGUCCACACAGUUUCCGCGGACUUCCGCUCUGGUCUUGGACCCGCUUUCGAUAACUUGAUCGGUUUCUUCCAUGCUAUCAACUGGAAGGAAACAUGGUUGAUGUGCUUAUUGGCAUUCCACUUUCUAUAUUUGGUAACCGCCAUUAUCUCCAGAAAGAAUCUUAACUUCCAAAUGCUUUUGUUCCUUACCGCCUUGGCUGGAGUAUAUCUUGCUGAGAGGUUCAAUGGUUUACUGCGCCAGAACUGGAGAAGUUUCGCCAGCCAGAAUUACUUUGAUUCUAAUGGAGUUUUUGUGUCAGUACUUUGGUCGGGGCCUCUUCUUGUGAUUGCAAUCAUAAUCUUGAUAAACACGCUCUUUUCCCUAUGUCAUCUGAUUGUCAAGUGGAAAAAAGCUGAGCUAAGACACCGUGCACGACUUUCCCAGAAUAAGCAGGAUUGAGUUCCUCCCAUGAUGGAUAGCUGAACAUGGAGUUCUUUUCUUCUUUCUCUUUCUUAUUCUUAUUUUUGGGGGUGCUAUGGUUACGAUGUAGAUUCUUCUUGGGGUAGUGUUUCCCUUAUAGUUAUGAAUGGUGUCAAUGACCAACCAAGUAAUGUGCUCAAGCUCCUAAUACCUUUAGUUUAUCUUUUGUAACAUUAUUUUCUUGACGAAGACUUUUUAAUUUUUUUAUUUCUUUAUCCAUAGUGAUCGCUCUUCAUUUUUUUGUCAAUGUAUCAUCUCUAGC